AUGCAUAAUGGAAGUCUGAGGAAACAACUUGAUGAUACCGGCCCAUCAUCACUUCAAAGUAAUCUCAAUUGGAGCCAGCGCCUUCAGAUUGCAAAAAAUGCUGCCAGAGGGAUCGAAUAUAUUCACUGUGGCCAUGCUGCUGUGGUCGUCCAUGGAGACUCGAAAAGAGAUAAUAUUCUUCUUGACGACAGCAUGAGAGCAAGGUUUCAGGCAGGCACUGAUGAUGGGAGCCAAAUGAUCGUGGAGUGGGCAGACUCGCACAUCGGCACAGGAGAUAUACAGGCUAUUAUGGAUCCCUCUCUAGGCGAGGAUUGCGACGUGAAAUCAGUAGAGAGAAUAGCAGCGUUAGCGAAGAAAUGCGUGAAACCUCAACUGGUUGAGAGGCCGCCAAUUUCAACUAUUUUGGAGGAGAUCCAACGGGCAAUCUCUGUAGAGAUAAAUAAGGGAAAGGGCAUUCAUUGA